AUGGCAAAACAACAAGGAAAAAUAUAUUUGGGUUAUGAAGAUGAGACGAUUGGUGACCGAAAUCAAACCCUAUUGAACUAUACAGUGAAUAAAAUCGGAGGACUGCCCGACUGGCCACCUCUUGAAAAUCUACAAAUUUCCACGAAAUGCCCUCUUUGUGGUCUACAUAGACUUCUUGUUAUACAAUGUUAUGCCCCACUUGAGAAUUCUAUUUACCAUCGCACUUUAUAUGUUUUCGCGUGUAUAAAUCCUAAUUGUUGGAUUCAGUCUGAAAGUUGGUUAUGUGUAAGAAGCCAGUGCCAAGAUAAUUCCUCCAAAGAGUCGAGAGCUAUUGUAACCCUCCCUAAUCCAGAUACUACACUAUCAUGGUGUCAGGGUGCUGAUGAAUGGGAUGAGAAUGAUAAUGAUACAGCAAAUGGCAAUUUUAUGAAUGUUGACAAUGCUCCUAGCCCCAACAAUGCUAUGCAAAGGAAUUCCGAUGAAGAUGAAGAAAGCAAUUCUUAUGAAUUGGAAAAUGUGGAACAAGCUUUUGGAAAUCUACAAGUUUUUGAUGCUCACAAUGCGAACAUGUCGCCUAUACAAGGAGCUAUGGGUGCAAUUGGAGCUCCAGCAGCUGCAGCAGAGUUAGAGGGAGGUGAUGAACCAGGGUUGGUCACUGUUGACACACCAACAGCUCCCACCAAUGAUAUCGAGGCCUUACUGCAACAAACUGCAGAACUGCCUCCAGACUUGAGAAGUCGACUGAUGUGUGGACCAUUACAAUUUGUGCCGAAAUAUAUUUUUGUUGAAGAAGAGUGGAAGAAGUCAAUGGGCAAUGAUGAUAGAGCUAAUGAAUUGCUAAAUAAGUAUAAAAUUGAAAAUGAAAUUGAAGUAUGUGCUGGUGACCGAGUUGUAGGUGGUGGUGGUUCCGAUGAAGAACCUUAUGAGGAAGCGGCACCGUUACAUGGUGAUAGACUGUUCCAUGCCUUCAUAACACGAUUGCGCAAUCAUCCAGGACAAAUACUCAGGUAUUCGAGGGAAGAACCCCCUAUUCUGGGUGCACCACUGCCAAGUACUGCAACUACCCCAGACACUCCCAAUAUGCCAACUAUUUGCUCACGCUGUGGUGCGAGACUCACCUGUGAGCUACAACUAGUGCCUGAGUUUGCUGAAACUCUCCGCUUGCUACCUACCAACCAGUCUUUAGCACACUUACAUUUUCUCUCUGUACUGAUAUUCACUUGCUCACAAAGUUGCUGGCAAUCAUCCGAUACAUUAGUAAAGGAAUUUGUUGUCUUUCAACCUGAGGUUGUGUAA